AUGAAGAAGAAAUACUUUAGAGGGGUUGGCUUGAAUGAUGCAAAAUUGGGUUAUAAUCCUUCAUACAUAUGGAGGAGCUUCUGGUCUGUCAUUGAUCUUGUCAAAGAUGGGAUUUUAUGGAGGGUUGGGGACGGUAGGAAGAUUAGUGUCUGGCAUGACAGAUGGCUCUCAUGUCCUAGCUCAUAUAAAGUGCAAUGUCCUCAAACUACUUUGCCUCUUGAUGCCAAAGUUAAUUUGCUGAUUGAUGUUCAGACUGGAUGUUGGAAGAAAGAUUUCAUUUUUGAUUCUUUCAAUACAAUGGAUGCCAAGCAGAUAUGCAAGUUACCCCUUAGUAGGUGGGGUGUGGAGGAUAGGAUAAAAGAUUUAGUAGGAACAUGGGGGAAGGAUAAGAUCGAGGCAAAUAUGGAAUCAAAAUGUGCAAGGUGUUGUGAAGAUGUUUUUGUGGAAGCUUUAGAUGUAUGGGCAAAGGAUGAGAGUCCUGUAAGAAAAUGGAGUAAUACAGAGAUUGGUUUUACAGAGUUACGGGCCAUUAUGUUUCUGAAGUUAAGUAUAGAAGAGGUGGAAUUAAUGGCUUGCACCAUGCGGAAGUUGUGGCUCAGGAGGAACCUGUGUUUAUUUGAAGAUCAAUUUGAUGAACCAAAGAAAAGUCUUAAAAAUACUAAGCUGGCUUGGGCAGAAUUCAAGGAAGCUAAUCUGAUCGAACAAAGAGGAUUGGGUACUAGAGCUAUGAGAAGAGAAGAUGCUAAAUGGGAAAAGCCUGAGGUGGGGAGGGUGAAGGCAAAUUGGGAUGCUGCGGUGGAUGCUACCAACAGAAGAGUGGGGAUUGCUGUUGUGGUGAGGGAUGAUCAAGGGGAGGUGCUAGCCUGUCUGUGCUCGGCUGUUGAGAAUCAAGAAGGAGCUUGUCAAGCAUAA